CUACCAAACCAACCUUAGAGAAACAUCGCUGCAGUUGCUGUAAACUUCGGCUUCUCUUUCAGUAAACGGAGUUUGCGAAAUCUAAUGGGCAAUCAUUUGCUCACUCUGUCUCUCCUCCUCGUGAUUGUCUGCGUUUGCGUUUCCAUCAUCACCACCAAGCUAAACCCUAAAGAAGCAAUCGUAUCUCCCUCCGAUUCAAAUCCCAUCGAGAUUCACGGAGUCAAGAUCCUCCGACAACCUUCCGAUUCCAAACUUGCUCAACUAGGCGUCGCCUCUUGGCCCAAGUGGGAAGGUGGUCCAAGCAAGUUUCCAUGGACGUUUAAGAAGACAGAGACGAUGUAUUUCGUGGAAGGCAAGAUCAAAGUGAACGUUGACGGAUACGACAGAGAAGAAGAUGUCUUUGAGAUAGGGAAAGGAGAUGUGGUUGUUUUCCCUAAAGAUAUGAAAGUUGUUUGGGAGAUAACUGAAGCUGUCAAGAAACACUAUAACUUAGAGGAUUAGUGUAACCUCAUUCUGUGGAAGAUAACUUGUGUCCUUGUCGUUUAAGUUUGUUGUAUGUCUGGUUUUUAGUUUGGAACUAGCUUUAUCUCCUUCUGGUUCUGAAAAGCUUGUUCUUUUAUAUUUAUUACCAAUCUGGACCGGAAAGCAAACCGGGAAAUCAUUUAGAACGUGUUUGUAUUGAUGAAUGAUAAGUUGUUUCCAGUUUCAAUUAAAAACAUCAGAGCAUUUUAUUUUA